AUGAAUCGCACUCCUGUUCCUGUUUCACCCAGAAACAUCUCAGUCUCUGUGACUCCCCCUGGAGACGUACCUGAGGGAGUCUCAGUGUCUCUGACCUGCAGCAGUGAUGCCAAUCCACCAGUGGAGAACUACACCUGGUUUAAGGUGAAUGAGUCCACUCAGUUUGACUCCGCUGCAGUAGGAUCAGAACAGCAGUUCACCAUCUCCAACAUCAGACCUGAGGAUGCAGGAGAGUACUACUGCGAGGCCAGGAACAAACUUGGAUCUGACAGCUCAUCUGUGGUGUCUCUAUCUGUUACAGUUAAAACAGGUGCUAUAGCCACUGUGGCGAUUUAUGUAUGUGUGGCUGCAGUCGUGGUCAUUGUGGGGAUUGUGCUUGGUCUCUGCCUGCUAAGUGCCUCUAAAAGGAAAAGGGGGGCAGCAGAGAGUAAGAGCCAUGCAGCUGUUGCCAAGCCAACAGAUCAUCAGAGUGUAGGAAACAAUUAUUCAUCAGUGAAGCUGACGGUCAAUUCUUCGGACUAUGAAAACGUGAUGGUAUCAAGUCUUACCCCAACUCCUGACACAUACAUGGCAUUGGAGUUCAAAUCCCAGUCUGAUUAUGAGACACUGACGGUAAGGGACAGAGGCACCAAUGACACAGAUAACGUCACUGAUCAGCCGAGCACAGACAUUUACGAGACCCUGGGUGACGUGGCAGCAAGUGGACAACAAGUGGAUGGUGUUUAUGACAUCACUGAUUAACUGGCCAAUGAAAUCUAUGAAGCCCUGGGUGACAUGACAACAACAAGUGGAUUAUGUUUAUGACAUCACUGUUUAGCUGGCCAAUAAAAUCUAUGAGAUCUUGUUUGCUAUAUAUGCAACAACGUUGGUUGGUUUGCUUGUAUGGCUUGGGUAGCCUGAUCAGGGUCUAUAAGGGUUUCAAAUCAGCCAUAUGUAACUCAUAUACACAAUGUUAAGGCUUUCUCAUUACAUUUGGAAUUGGUGUUGUAAUGUGCAUUUAAUUGCCCCUGACAAAUAAACUACUUAACUAAAUAAAUAAAUGAAUAAUAAACA